AGACUGUAGCCAAGACUUGAAUAUUUGUAUAUUUGACCAAAAUCAACUCCGAAACGGUGAAGCUCGGGCUGAACAGGUGAACAGGUGAACAGGUGACAAAGGUCUCAGGCCAAAGAUAAAGUAUUUACAGCUGCAUGUUUGCUUGUGACGCUGUGACCUCAGACAACAUCCCGACGGUGGAAGUGGAUUCCAGAGUUCCUCUUUGGCGUCUUCGUGAUGAACACUUUGUUGUCUUCUCUUUCAGAGGGAGUCAUUAAGGACAAUGAAUACGUGAACGCACCAGUACGUCCUGAGGACAAAGCCCCCCCAGACCGGAGGCUCCUCUUCUCCUCUCCGUCUCUCCCCCUGCUCGCCGUGUGUUGGAUCCUCCUGCUGCUCAUCAUGGGCCUUCGUAUCUACUUUUCUUCCGUCAUUUCUGAACAAAACGUCAAGCUGAAGAACGAGAUCCAGGAGCUGAAGGAGAACUUCACAAAACAAAUCAAAGACCUGGAGGACAACUGGGAGAAGUUCAAUGUCAACAGAGCUCAGUGGACCAUCGACUCCUACUGCCCAGCAGAUACACGUAAAGUGAGAAGGUGUUCAUCUUGUCAGAAAGGCUGGACCAAGAUCCAGAAGAGCUGCUUUGUGCUUCAUAACAGUGAAGCUCCUCCUGAUCCUAAAACCUGGGAAGAAGCUCGAGAGAACUGCAGAGGAAGGGGAGGAGAUCUGUUUGUUGUUCAUGAUGAGGAGGAAAAGAACGUAAUCGAUGAGAAGAUCACAGCGAUCCCUGUAUCUAACGGGUACUGGAUGGGCCUGAGGGUUGAAGGAGGGACGUGGAAGUGGAUUGAUGGAACUAAUCUGACUGACACCUCCUGGAUGGAACCUCCUGCUGAAGGUCACUGUGCCGUUUCUCUCGGGAACAAAGGAUGGACAUCAGUGAAGUGUGAUGAGAAGAGAACAAGGAUCUGCUCACAGAAAGCUUUGUCUGUUGAUGAUUUUAUUCAAGGUUUUAAUUUCUACAGAAAAUAGGUUUUAUUUUCUAAAGUGUUGUGUUCUUCAAAGCAGAAUCUCAGCUUCAAGGUGUUUUAUUGGAUCCAAUAGAUACUUUGAGUGUGAAUUCAGACGUCAAGACCAAACUGUUGAUUGUUCAUAACUUCCUGUGUGUUUCCUUGUGAUCUGAUUUACACAUCAGCAGCUUCCUGAUUUCUCCCUGAUUAAUUUCUUCUUGUUUCUACCUUUGACCAGCAGGGGGCGCUGCCUGCUGGUUCUCUGCACUUUGCAUCAAUACUUAGAACCAUGUUGAACUUGCACAGCUGAUGUUUCUCAGUUUAUCUUUGUAGCAGCAGGUUCAUCUUUUGGUCUGUUGUUGUUGUUGUUGUUGUGAAUAAAUGUGCAGCCACA